AUGAUCACCAUCAGCACUUUGGACAACCGCGGGGACAUUAAGACGUUUGUCGACGCGGAGGUGGACAACUUCGCUGCAAAUUGGGAGGUCGAAACUGGGCAGCUUGUUAAGGACAUGCUUGUAGAUAAGAGUGACGGAAUGUUCAGAUGGACGUAUCUGCAGUGGGAACAACUCAAGGAUUUAAGUACCAACGGUGGUAUUCGCUCCUGGUGGUGUGGAGUGCUUCAUGAUGCAGCGAGUGAUAAGAUGGGUCAUAUGCGCGCGCAGCCGUUAGGAAGUCGAGCAUUGCUGGCAGCCAUCAGAAUCGAAAUCGAAGAAGCGAACGGGGAGCAGCCCUUUGACAAGGCAGACCUCACCGAGCCCAUUUUGGAGGCUGUUUGCCGACACCUGGUCGUGAGAGACCCGAAGCUUGGAGUUUGGAAAUUCUCGCAUGCAUCAGUUGCCGAAUACUUUCGGGCUCAGAGCGACUCGUGGGUCAAAGACGCCGAAGGGGAGCUGACAGUCGUCUUGACCAACUGCUUGAUAGACUUCUGCUCCUCGGUCUGGCCGAUGAAGUGUAUGAUGAACGCCGAAACAGUUAUUGAACUCUCCGGUUGGCUUGAAGCUAGGAGGGCCGCUCCCAGACACACUCUGAAUCCUUGGCAUCCGCUUCAUAGAUACAUCACUCGAAACUGGCUGCAGCACAUACAUAACAUUUCCAACGAAGAUUCCAGCAUUUUGGAUGUUGUCCAGGCUCUGAAACGCUUCCUAGGUGAAGCAAGCCCUCAGAAGUCUUCCUGGGAGUACAGGGCAUUUUGCCUCAUUGUUAUAAGUAGCGAUGACUGGACUUGUGACAAUUCCUCCGGCAACUACAUGCGUACUUCGGUCGAUCCAUAUGACAAUCCUGUUUUUGGAGUUGUUGCAUUUGGCCUUCAUCGGUUUCUGGCAGGGUGGUGGGACAAACGGGUCGAUAUUUCUUCACUGGUGAAUGCGGAGGGGUCAGAUCUCCUAGCAAUCGCCGCCUAUUUGGGUUACACCGGACUCUGCGAAUACCUCAUUGAGCAAGGAUGCGAUAUCAACAAAGACACUAAAAUUACAUGCCAUAGCGCACUGGGUGCAUCUAUUCAUCAGCAAAAGAUCGGCACCAUGAAAAUGCUUCUGGAGAAAGGCGCAAACCCGGAUCGCAUCAUGAACCAUCACAGUCUUCUUUGUCUGGCCAUGAAAAAGGGGAUCGAUUACUGCACGCUUCUACUAGAGAAAGGCGCAGACCCCAGCAUCGAGUGUCGCAGCAGGUCUUGCUGUCGCUUCGUGUCGACUUUUGGCAUCAAACACUAUCUUCGCCGUGCCCUAUCGAAAGCUGCUUACAACGGCAAUCUCAGUAUAAUGAAAGCCCUCGUUGACAAGGGGGCAGACAUUAACCCAGAGAGUCUCAGGGAUCUGGAUGGAAUUCCUCUGGCAGCUGCCGUGUACAUGGGGCAGCUUGACCGUGCACGCUUUCUUAUAGCGAAGGGUGCAGAUGUCAACGCCCAACUGAAAUACAGAGACUUUGGGAGUCCUCUGACUGCUUCUGUAUGCAGUGGAGAGCUCGAAUGCGCUCGCCUUCUCGUGGAGCAUGGAGCGGAGGUCAACAUGAACCCAAAGUUCGGCCCAUACGGCAGCCCCUUGGCAGCUGCUGUAUCGAUGGGACAUUUGGACUGCGCUCGCUUCCUCGUUGAGAAUGGCGCUGACGUCAAUUCACAUCUGGAGUUUGGAGAAUAUGGCAGUGUGUUGGCUGCUGCGAUUCUCGGGAAGCAUCCCGUUCUUUAG